GCUGCGCUCACGGCGAGGCUUGGGAGAGCGCUCUCACGAAAGGGAGAGAAACGCGGCGCGUUCGGCAGUCCUUCCCGCGAGUUCUUCUUUGCGUCCCCUUUCUUCCGCCCCGUCGCCAUCGUCCUCGUCGCGCCCGUAAUGGCGACCCCUCGCAGUCCCUCCGCGGCGUCGCGAGGUGCCUGCUGCUAACGCGCCGUGCCCGCGGACCUGUGAGAGAGAAAGACGGAGGGACGGAGUGUGCUCGCCGUAGGCCGCGCGUCCGCGCCGCCCCGCAGCGCCCCGACGCUCGGUCGCCGAGUCGAUCGGCCCGGAGCGCCGGUUCAUAUAUGCCGCCGAGGCAGCCGACAACCCGCAGCGAGCCGCCCCCCGGCCGAGGAGAGUCGUCGAGGUCGUCCUGCGAACCCGUCCCUAGGUAACGAGGAAGACGUCGACGAGAACUCCAGGAGGGACCCCAGCCACGCGGGAACGUUCCUCACUCUUCCUCCGGACGAUGGCCUUCCUCGUCGCUUCCUCCUCCACCUUUCUCCGAGCUCGACGGGUUUUGGCCUGCCGACACCUUUGUCAAUAGUCCUCUGGAGAAAGUCUACAGGAGCAGUAUCCGAAAGCACGGUUAAGUUGACGUCCAAUUUCAAGCUGGAAGAAGCUUUAGUGUGAAUUCUACCUAAGUCCAGCCGAAAGCAGAUUGUGUUCUUUUCUGCGGUUCCUGCUGAAUUCAUCACGGUUUCUGGAUGCAGUGGAAAUACUCCAUUUGGAAGAUGGCUCGAUUAGGGGCCACCUGUGUUGCUUCAUCGUCGAGUCAUCGAUUCUUGAGGUGUCCUGAUUAUCGGGUCUAGACGGGAGCAAUUUUGAAACUAGGAAAGGAAAUAUCACGUCAGGUGACGAUGUUCGACCCGCAACAACUUCAGCAGCAGCAGGCUGCUCAGGGCCAACAAUCUCAGCAGCAGCAGUCGCAACAGAUGUACGUUACGGAGAAAAAAGAGGACAAGUCGCAGCAGCAAUCUGCGGCGACCGAGUUCCCCUUCUACUACAAUGUCAACAUGCUCCAGAAGGUUCAGACUAACGCGGUGAGCACAAUUGGUGCGAUCACUACCGACGACAAGGGUUGCUACCGAUUCGAUGUGCAACCUGUCGGUUAUAACACAUUACUGAACCAGAUGAGCAUAGCUGCAGCGACGAAUGCGACCUACAAGUGCGACAUUUGCGGCUUGGUAUUCGGCCACAUGAGCCUGCUCAAUCACCACAAGAGGAUUCACAAUACGACGCCAAGCAAUCUGCAGCAGCAGCCCCAGCAAGUCGUCGUACAGACACCGACGACAGUGACUGUCGCCACCACGCCGGAGCGACCUUACACGUGCGACGUGUGCGGGGCGUGCUUCGCGUUACCGGGCGAGUUGAAGAGCCACAAGACUAAUAUGCACCAGAAACCGAAGGUGCAAAUCUGCGAGGACUGUGGCAGUGAGGAUCCCUGUGAGCACCACCCCACCAAGGUCAAAAAGACUAUUAAACCUGGUCACCACCCAGUGAAACGACGGGGCGUCACCAGCGUCACCAAGUGUCACAAGUGCAACGGCACGGGCAUCAUUUUCAUUGGUAAACACGACGAAAAACUAGAUUCCGGAAUCAGUUCCCUUGCGAAGUGCGGUGGCUGCAAGGCGACCGGCCGCAUCAUCAUAGGAAGCGGCAAGCAAAACAGUCAGAACCAGCAAGAGAAGCCCUUUCACUGUAACGUUUGCGACGGCACGUUUUCACGGUACUCGUCGCUCUGGUCUCACAAGAGACUUCACUCCGGGGAUAAGCCGUUCAAAUGCGAGGUCUGCGGUCUGGCCUUUGCCAAGGCGGCCUACCUGAAGAACCACGGGCGCGUCCACACGGGCGAGAAGCCCUUCAAGUGCAGCGUCUGCGGUAUGCAGUUCUCGCAGAGCCCCCACCUGAAGAACCACGAGCGGAUCCACUCCGGGGAGCGGCCGUACCAGUGCGAGGUCUGCGAGAAGACCUUCGCGAGGCACUCCACCCUCUGGAACCACCGGAGGAUCCACACCGGGGAAAAGCCCUACCGCUGCAACAUCUGCGGAUCCGCGUUCAACCAGGCGACCCACCUCAAGAACCACGCCAAGGUGCACACCGGGGAAAAGCCUCACAGAUGCGACAUCUGCGAGAUCGGCUUCUCGGACCGGUUCGCCCUGAAGCGCCACCGCGCCAUCCACGAGAAGUACGGGCAGACGGCGCGAAGUCAGAACGCCAACAGCGCUAGUAACGCUCAACAAGCGAACACGAGUAACCAGCAGCAGCAGCAACAGCAGCAGCAACAACAGCAGCAGCAGCAGCAGCAACAGCAGCAGCAGCAGCAGCAACAGCAACAACAGCAGCAGCAGCAGCAGCAGCCCCCACAACCGCAGCAAGCGCAACAAGUGGUCGUCGUGAACGCAACGACCCCGGUUACCGUUAGCCAGGGUCAGGGUCAGGCGGUGAUGCUCGAAGAGGUCUACAAAUGCCAGGUGGCCUUCCCCGAGCCCAAAUGAUUCGGCUAAGGGGACGCUCGCGCAUCUCGCCACUCGGUUGCGAUUCGACUUUCUACGAUUUACUUUCGAUUCGGCGAUAAGGAACCGCGGCCUGGCAGACCCUCUUCCCCUGGACGCCGUGGACCCCCCAGGGAGGGAUACCUGUUGGUCUUCUUCCUCUUCAAGGUGCUCUUCGCGUUCCUGAGGUUUGAGGAGACGCUCGCGGAUGAGGCGCCUGGAGGUUGCUCGACUCGUUUGCGAGGGUCUCCCCGGGUUGAUGGAAUGUGAGAACCUCCUCUUCGAGGUCUCCGGAGGAAGGACCUUGGGAAAGGAAGAUUCUUCCUCGUGCUUCCUUUUUUUUUUCCUCGCUUCGCCUCGUCGACCGAAGUCUACGAGGGCCGGUGCACGCAUUUCGGGUACUUGGGGGCUUGAUCAUUCGCAGACCGGGGAACGUGUCCUCGCGUUGUAUCCGUUCCUUCGUAGGGAUCGUUCGUUCUACAAAAGACGGUGCAAUAUUUUUUAAUCGAGAACGAACGGUCGACCUGGACGGAGGCCUUGAAGAGCUCUUCGUCUGCGUGGUCGCGCUUCUGAUGGAGAUAACGAAGGUGGAGAAGAGGACGUUCCUGGGGUCCAUCUUUUCCGUCCGGUCGUCACGUGGAACGCCGAUUUUGACGCCGGUGCAGCGGGCCGAUGCGUCGACGGUGGCGCCGCGAGUACUCGAAGAAGGGAACUAAACGGAGGAAGAAGGCCGGGAAUAUCGACGGGCAGACUAAUCUGUUUUAUAAUUUUAAGCUCGAACCUUAUGAGAGUAUCAGUUACUAUAUCUAGGCGAUAGUUUGUAACGGCGUUAGCUGACUAGGUCGUAACGUGUAUACAUUAAUUUUUAUAUCUCUCCCACUUGUUAGAUGUGUGACGACGCACCGAUUGAAGCGCCGCGCGAAAUCGGCUCUCGGCGUUUUGACGAAAGAAAGAAGAAAAAGGGGCGCAGGUCCGAUCGGGAAACCCUUGAAAUAUCGUCACGUGGAAAAAGAAAACGAAAAGAUGUCAUCGAACCUAUGGAAAUGUUUCUUUGAACGGUGCCUAAGGAGUAUUUCCUUAAUUCCAGGAUCCGAUUAUCCAAUUUAUUCGAGUUUGAGUGAAAUAAUUGUUAAUUGAAUUUAGGAAAUGUUUCUUUGGUACCGUUCGAUGAGAUAUUGGUUUAGUGACAUUUUUUUUUUUAUCUCGCAUGCGAUCUGCUGCGGGAUUCUCUCCGUCUGCGGCCGUGAUGCGGAUGCGCGAUUUCCUCCAGGCGAAGGGAACGAAUUGAUUUUCUUCCGACAAUCCGGGACCCUCUGGGAGUUAAUUAUGUCGCGUUGAAUUUUGUUUUUGACGCUUGGAUGUGCUUUGGAAGAAAAAAAAAUAGCUUUGUGGCACCUGAGGGAUCCAUCGUUCGUGAAACUUUUCCCCCGAACUGGGUGCACCGAUUCGUUUCAAACUUUACUACGUGAACGUGGUGGCUGUGAGGAAGGUCCCGAGAGACCCGUGAAAUGUUCAUACUUUGGCGAAAAAUAUCUGAAAAUGUUCCCGUUUCUCCGUAUUAUCAUCGAUCGCUCUUCUUUCCCGUUUUUCAUCUCCGACUCCAUUUUUCUUUGAGCCCUUUCCUUGGAACUUCUCGGUGGCGUUGUGGAGGCCUGUUCGUCGUUUCGUUCCGCCACCCCGGGUGUAACCCUGUAAAAUAGAUGCGCGCGAUUACGUUUAAUUCUUACGUUUACGUGGUCAUAAUACCUGCUACAGUAUUUCGGAUUAGAUUAGAAACCUCUGUCGGCGUCCAUUGACCGUGGGUCGUUGCGUUUAUUCACCGGCGAUACGAUUUCCCUUUAGAUGGCUGUCACGCGUUACGAUAAAUCGCUGCGAUUUGUAACCCGCCCUCUCGAGUCCUAUGGCGUCCUGUUAAGUCUGUACAGAUUUAUAGAGCGAUUUUUCUUGAUAUCGCUACACGCGUUACGAUAAAUCGCUGCGAUUUGUGAUCCGUCGUGUCUGGUUCCAUGGCGUCCCGUUGAAUCUGUACAGAUUUAUUGUGCGAUUUAUCGCGACGAUUUAGUAAGCGAUUUAGUGAGCUUCCCGAAAGCCGCGACAUAUUUUUCAACGAUGUGGUAGAAAAUUCGCGAAAACGCGAGAGUUUAUGCAAAUUCGUUCCAGUUCCAUGGGACGGGUAUUUUCUUUUCGACCUUUCGAAAUCGGCAGAAGAGGAGGAAUGGGAAAUAAAUGGAAAACUUGCUCCGACAAUGCUUAGUCCGGUAAAUCUCGGAUUUUCGUAUCCUUAGUCGCUCCUGAAAAUGUCGUAAAGAGAGGAAAUAAAAGCCGGGGGAAAUCCGCGAAGUCCUUGGUCCUUCUCACGAGCACGUCGAAGCUUUUACAUGUAUACAUAGUGUACCUACGUUAAGGGAUGUUUAUAAUUUCUCCUUUCACUUCGUUCCCUUCUUUAUUUCCUUUCCGUCUUCGGACGCGAAGCAGCGAAUGCGUGGAAAGUGAGAGAAACUCGAGAAAGUGAUAUAACUGCGUGCGAGAAUGCGUAUAAAUAAUUGAAUUAUCGGUCGAUCAGUUAUAAUUGUAAGUAAGCCCGUAAAGAGAAUGAAUUACCAGAGGCAAAAGCUCGGAACGUCGAAUUUUAUAUAUGAAAACGUCGCGACCGCAUAGAAUCGAUUUUCCAGAUUUUAAAUACGAACAAUAAGGGGAGAAUGAACCCGCCGUAAAACUCGUCCCUCGAUGAUUCAAGAUUUUUUCUACCUGGUUUGUAAGAAAUGACGAAUAGGGUAUAUAUGUAUACAUAAAUAUGUGUAUAACAAGAGCACGCCUGCGAUCGUCGGUUUUUCUAUCGUCUCAACAGGGCCUUGUAAGAAUCACAAGCGAUUUUCAGUAUGUAAAAGAGGUUCGUAAGGGAUAGGAACAUGUACAUAUGGAAUGAACGUCAAACUAAUAAACUGCU